AUGGGCGACGCCGCACGCCCAAGCGAAGAUGACUUUGGCCGCGUCCUUCACGAAAGUCUCAAAAUAUGGUCAUCCUAUCUCGAUGCCAAAAGCGAGGACCGUCUACUACCACGGCAUGCCAUUGACCUGAGACCUCUCGUCAGUCGAACCCCACCUUUCCUCGGUGGCGGGCUUGCUGGCCUGGGCAAGACCGCCUCGUUUGAUUGUGAGGAGAAACAAUCAUCCCAGUCCCAAGGGAGCCUUUUCGUUAAUGGCAGAUCAACUUGGAGGACUUCCAAGGGAGACUGUGACUUACAGCCAAGGAUCAUGCCCAAGCAACUUCUACUAGGAGUUGGCAUUCCGACAUAUGUGACGCUGUCGGAAGACAGCCCUUUCUCAGACUGGCCCGGGACUCAGGGUCUCCCGGGGUCCGACAAAGGAAACUAUCUGUCGGUCCUUUACUUUGCAUGGGCAUACAUCCUAUCUGCUCGAUGGGUUGAAUUGCUUGAUACCUCUGCUGAUCAUUCAUGUCAUAUGGCCUACACUCCAGAAGGGGCGAAUGGUUCGUUGCCGCAUUCAGAUAAGCAAUCCAGUAUUGACAUUGACAUCGGCAACAAUUGGCAGAGCAUCCUGUGCUCUGACGGAUGGGAUGCAUCCGUUACAUACGAUGACCGCAUCUAUCUAUCGCCAUGGUCGGUGUCGAUAAGCCACGCGAAGUUUAACCUGACCACACGCGCCACUUUGGAUACCGAGUCGAGUCCACCGGGUUCGGUCGCCGCUCUCAAAUAUCUCUCUCGCUUCUGCGUACACCAUCGUCUAUACGCACAGUGCUCAGUUGCGCUUGCCGGUGCAAAAAAAGUUUCUCUCCCGCUUCCGAAACGCGUUCCUCCACUUCAGAGAGAGGAGAGUGCCAGUGAUGAUCUUCUUUCGAUCCCAGAUCUUCUCAACCAACACGGCGAAUUGCUCCCGAAGUACAUGACUCUAAAUUCCAAUGCGUGGGGUGUGCGUUCACUUUUCUGCAGCACAUUCUUCAAUCCAGAUAUCGAGUGUAAUCUCGUCAGUGCCUGGUUGAAUCCGGCUUUCGCUGUUCUUGAAUUGAUCCGCGAGAGCGAAAUCUCACCUAGGCUUGGCAUACUGUGGCUUGGUGCAACUCUUGCAGGCUUGGCAACCCCUUUCUUGCGUGAUAUACGAACAGGAAUGACGGCUCUAGAUCUUGCGGCUUCUGCCUGGUCUGGAACAGCAUCCACGUUCCUGACUUCAGAAAUGGGAACCAAUCACGGCGACAAAAGGAUACGCCGCGAUGAUGAAUGUCGCCUACUUUUCAUCACAGCCUGUGAAGGCCAUGAUCGACUUCCAGUCUGGCCUUGGAAACCCUUCGGGUAUACACAACUUUCUGAUACAGAGCUUCCAGUUCAAAAACACGCUCACUGUGAAGCUCACUGUUUAGAAUACGAGUUUUGGGAGUGGAAUUUAACAAGUAACAGUUCAGUCAAAGAUCCUGGAGCCGAGAGCUACAUGCUUCCCGUCCAAGGCUCCUCUUGA